AAACUGUUUCACUCUCGCCAUGUUUUAUUUCAUGAAUGUAUUUUUCCCUUUAAAAAUUCCUCUAAUUCUACUAAUCUUAAUAAAUUUCGUUCAUUUUCUAACAUGUCCCCAUCUCUUAAUCACAUGCCAAUCUCGCCACAUUGUUUCGAGCAAGUCACGUCCCAUGGUGUCCUUCACGAGCCCGUGCCAUCGUCAGAACCUGCUCAUGCAUCCCAGGUACUUCCAGCUCCUUUAUCCUCACCAAUCUCAUCACCUAGUCCAUGUGCCCUUCCCCCUCCCACACUCCCUGGCUCACCUUCCUUGUCUCCCUCCUCUUCCUUAACCCUCUCUAACUCAUCCAGCCCAUCCACCUCAUCCACCUCAUCCGACUCUCCCAACCCUCCCUUGGCCCCAACCCAACCUCUUCGAACACACCCUAUGGUUACCCGGGCCCAAAACAACAUUUUCAAACCCAAGCAGCUCUUCCACACCACUCCUACCCCUGCUACCACCUCCUUGGAGCCCACUUGUACUUGGGAACUGGUGCCCCCAACUCCUGAUCAGCAUCUUAUUGGUUGUAAAUGGGUCUUUCGUGUUAAACGAGGCAAAGAUGGCAGUAUUGAGCGCUAUAAGGCGCGUCUUGUGGCCAAAGGUUUUCAUCAACGGCCUGGUUUUGAUUAUUUUAACACUUUCAGUCCAGUCAUUAAACCAACAACUAUUCGGACUGUUCUAUCUCUUGCUGCUUACAAAUCUCUUUAUGGAUUAAAGCAAGCUCCACGAGCUUGGUUCUGGGAAUUAAAAUCUUUUAUUUUGUCCCAGGGAUUUUACAAUUCUAAAUCUGACAGCUCUCUGUUUAUUUAUCACAAGGACUCUACUCGGCUUUACUUCCUUAUGUAUGUUGAUGAUAUUCUUCUCAUAGGGAAUGACUCUAGUCUACUUCGUUCUCUAGUGCACAAAAUGGGGCAAUGUUUUUCUCUCAAAGAUCUUGGCCCUCUCACCUUCUUUUUGGGCAUUGAGGUUAUUCAGACACAUGCUGGGUUAUUGCUCUCUCAACACAAGUAUAUUCUUGAUAUUUUGUGUCGAGCUAACAUGGAUGCUGCGAAGCCCGUCUCCACGCCACUUCCUUCCAGUGCAAAUUUGAGUUCUUCAGUAGGUUCAACUCUUUCAAAUGGCUCUGAGUAUCGAUCUAUCUUGGGUUCUCUUCAGUAUCUUACUCUUACUCGGCCGGAUAUUUCCUUUGCUGUAAGCCGAUUGUCUCAAUAUAUGCAUCAGCCUACUGAUCUCCAUUGGCAAGCCUUGAAACGUGUUCUUCGGUAUCUCCGGGGUACUAUUUAUCAUGGAUUGCUUCUUCGGCCACAGCCAUCUCUAUCACUCCAUGCCUAUUCUGAUUCCGAUUGGGCCGUGGGCAGUUGCUCGCAGUUCACUGAAGCGGAAUAUCGUGCUCUAGCUGCCACUGCUUCUGAGUUGAUUUGGGUUCGCAAUCUCCUCUCUGAAUUGGGUGUCUUUGUUCCUCGCUCCCCUGCCAUCUUCUGUGACAAUGUCAGUGCCACCUAUUUGAGUGUGAAUCCUGUUCUUCAUUCUCGCAUGAAGCACAUUGCCAUCGAUCUUCACUUUGUUCGGGACCUUGUGGAUCGCGGCUUUCUGCAUGUAUCUCACAUCUCUACCCGUGAUAAGCUCGCAGAUGGUUUUACUAAGCCCCUUGCCUCUGCUCGGUUUUGUUUGUUACGCUCCAAGCUCGGCAUCGCUGAUAGCUCUUCCGUCUUACGGGGGCGAUAUCAGAUCAAUCACUCCAGCUCGCAGAAGGAAACCAAAUCUCAUCAGAUCAAUCACUCCACCUCGCAGCAAAAGGAAACCAAAUCUCCAUAAUAUAUUAUAUGUAUAUUGUAUUUAAUUGUAGUUUCCUUAUUUCCUAGGUUAGACAAUUCUUGAACUGUAUAUAUAUUGCUCUGUAUUUGCUUAAUAAGAUAUAACAGCUUAA